AACUCACAAGACAGUCCUGCCUAUUGCUCUUUAUUUCUAUGUGCAGUACCAAACGACGAAGAAGAAAAGUCGGAACUCGCAUGGACAAAACGACACAGAUUUAUCGCAUCUUUAUGGCUGAAAGAUGCAGCAGCACAGCCUGGUUGGAGGAACAUCAUUGAUCCAGUAGAGUUGAAUAUGGAAAAUUAUUCUAAAGAAAAACCAGUCUGGGGAUUUUCCCGCUUCGUUCGGAAGUCACAGGUACCAAAAGAGAUAUCCAUUGGAAUUUCUCUCCAGGGUCUUACCAUGUCAACCGAUCGCAUUACUGUGCCUGUGUCUCGCUCCGUCCUGCCAACGAAUCUGAUCGAAGCCUGGGAAGAUGAUAUCAAUAACAUGGACAUUUCUGACAUCAAGUUUGUUGUUAAAGGUCGACCUCUUUACGCAAGAAGCUCUAUACUUCGCAGGAGAUCGGAAUACUUUGACACCUUACUAAGAGAGGAUAACGGUGUUAGUGGAACACGAACAACAGGGAGAAGCAACCAUAGAAGAACUUCUUUUGCCAGUCACGACGCUGAUGUCGAGUCGCUUGCUUCAGUGGGAUCAACCGGAACGUAUUCACGUGUAAUUACCAUUGACGAUAUACAGCCAGAAACUUUUUUAGAGAUGCUUAGAUUUCUAUAUACAAAUCAAGUUAGUUUUAGUCAUAACGAAGGAUCGGGUAGAACAGUUCUCGACUUGAUAGUAGUCGCCGAUAAAUAUUGCCUUUACGAUCUCAAACAAGCAGCAAUCGAUGAAUUGACAAGGAAUAUAAAGACGAGCCGUAUUAUUGACACACUUGCAUCAAUCGUGCAUAAGGUAGCUGGAUUCAAACAGGACAUGGUCGAUAUUGUACUCAGAAAUUAUUCUCAACGGAAAGCUGUAUCGGUAUUAAAGCAAAUUAGUAAAUUAUUAGCAGUGAAAAAACAACAACAAUCAUUGCAAUUGAUCGGUCAGAAAGGGUUCGGUAAAUAUAUGGAUCAUUGUCGAGCACAAAUGGCCGAAUGUGAUGAUACCGAAUUGAUGAGAUUCUGGGCGGAGAGAACGGUCGACGCACAGAUUGUAUAUUCACUCGUUGAUUUUGACGACGAGUUGUGGAAAAAAGUGGCUGGAUUAUCAUUACAGGAAGCUCAGUCUGUUAUCGAUGAUGUUCGCAAAGGUUCUGGCAGACUUGACAAUUCGUUCACCGCACAAGAGCAUAGGAAAGAUAGACUGGCUAGUGCAGACAGCGGCGGGACUAACGAAUGGGUAAUUCCAUCAUCUCCUGUCGAUUUUCAAUACGAUAGUCCUCCUCGCGUUCGUUCUCAAGAUGGCCAAUACCUUCGCAAUGAUCCAACAUCAGCUCAUCGCAGUACAUCUUGUGCACCAAGCGGGAGUCGACCACCCAAUCAACAAACUGUCCGAAGUCGAAGUGCGAGCGUCUCUCGGAGUCGCAGUGGACAGGAUCGGAACAAAUCUUAUGAACAGAUUGUUAGCAGGGGGAGGAAUAGAAUGGUUAGGGGGAGUAUUAAUGGACGAAACUGUAUCGAUAGUAGAGAGGUAGCCGAGUAUCAUGAAGAUGAGAACGAUGAAGGUAUAGAGAAUGCCGAAGGUAUAUACCGAAUGGAGUCAACGGAUGCAUACGAGAAUGAAUGUCAUUAUCGAAAUGAUGGCCGUUCGCAACCAGUUGCCGGAAACUAUAGCAUCGAGAGAUUUUUGAGAGAAUAA